AUGUAUCAGAGACAUAAAGUGCACUACGUAUAGCUUUAAUAAAUUAGAAAAACAAAAUAAAUUAAUAUAACAUCAAAUAUUGAACCAUGUACUGAAUCAAACUUAGACAAGUUAUUUGAAAUGCUAGAAGAAUCAAAGCCCAAAGUUAUCAACUGGCAAAAAAAGUCUUAUAUUUGA